AUGAAUGGGAAACAUCAUAUAAAAUAUGGCAUAUACUUAGAUCAGAUGAUACAAGGGGUUCAUAUUUUCAAAGUUAUUGAAGAAGCUUGUGGUAGUGGAAAUAGAGGUAUUUAUGGUGGCGGAAGUAAUAGAAGUAGAAGACGUAUUAUAAGUAGUAGUAGUGGUAGACAUAGUAGUAGUAGUAGUAGUAGUAUAAGUAGUAGUAGUUAUAGCAGUAGUAGUAGUAGAAGUAGUAGAAUUAUUAGUAGCAGUGGUAGUAGUAGUAACAGUAGUAGUAACAGUAGUAGUAGUAGUAGUAAUAGGAGCAGUAGUAGUAGUAGUAGUAGUACUGAGAUGUGGAAAAAUAUCAAGAAUAUGCCAAACUAA